AUGGCAGGGGGGAGGCUAUGUGCAGCGAGUCUACCACACAAGUCCACGGUUGAAGACGUGGUGGAGGCCCUCAAGCCCCAACUGGGGCUCCCAAAGGCCUAUUUCGACGUGUAUGUAGCUGGUGAGAUCAUUCUGGACCGGUGCCAGCUGGCCUGUUCCCACAAGGAGCUCAUAAUCUCAGAAGACUCCUUGGGGCCGCCUCGAAAGUUUCUGGCGGCUCUUUCCAAGAAGGCUUUCGACCCUAACUCCCACCACUUUGAUCAGAAAUGGACCGAGAGAACAGCGCCAGAUGUGGAUCAGGCGGAGGUGGCGCGCUUCCUGGAAGACUUGGGUUUGUCUAGCCAUGAAGAAGCCGUCCGACUCAUGAGGGUUCUGGGAUGUCUCACGUCCAUUGCAGAGAGCUGGAACAUGUUCAACCUGGAAUAUCUGCAGAAGUUCGAGCCGGGCAUCAAAACCUUCAAGCAUGCCCUUUGCGAGCACUGGCUGCAUGUGGCACGGAACGCAGCGAAGCAAAAGGUGUCGCGCGACCCUGGGCCACUGUUUCUGCCCUGUUUGGACGGGCGUGGCUGCAUUUUUAGGGUUUCGCUUUUCGGCGCGGACGCGGCUUUUCCUCAGUCUGUCGGAAGACCCCUGCAGGGCUCUCUUUCCAAGGCAAACGUGCGCCCCCAACACCGGCUGGGGGAGCUGAUGCUUGCGUCAGCCUCUUUGGAUUCCGAUGCCUCCGAAAUCUCGAGUGAGGUGGUGAGGGAGGCAUUUCGUUCUUGGCAGCUUGAUGUCGUCCUGGAACCUCGCCCAUCCCCGGAGGAUGUGGUGAGAAUGGCCCACGUGCAGCUGCUUCUGUCCUGCAACGUUGGGCCCGUGGAGGUGGAAGGGAACUUGCCGGCCAACUUGGUGCAGCACGUGGCGGCGGCGCUGCGCUGGCAUGUGCGCGUGCUUCGCUUUGGCAUCGACCCGUUCGCUGACAAGGCCUUGGCGCAGCACCUGGAGCAGGCGAUGCAGGUAGCCUUUGAAGGCCGAGGGCGCUUCAGAGGCGUGCUCCUACUUGUGCUGGAUCUACCCGACAGCAAUGACCUGCAUGGUCCAUGCCAGCAGUUGGCCCAGAACUUUGCUGAAAGCAUGCCGGUUCGCUUCAUCAUUUGCACCAGGCCGCCUGAGCGCAUUUCGGCUUAG